UAUCAUCUAUCUAUUGUUCUUUAGUAUUAAGUUAUAUGGCCGUUUCCUUACCUAUACCAUGUAUUCGAAUAAGAGUAAUGCUAACAGAUCCUACGCGAUGAUAUCUCAAAGACAAAGCGCAAUAAAUUUCGAAACCGAGAGGAUUGAAGCUCUUCAAAGGGAAAGAUUAUACAUCCAAAAGAAAACAUUCACAAAAUGGAUGAAUUCAUUCCUUCAAAAGGCUCGGAUGGAGGUGGAUGAUUUAUUUACUGAUUUAGCCGAUGGCAAGAAAUUAUUGAAAUUAUUAGAAAUUAUAUCUGGAGAAAAACUUGGUAAACCAAAUCAUGGAAGAAUGAGAUUUCACAAAAUUGAAAAUGUCAAUAAAAGUUUAGCAUUUCUCCACACAAAGGUACGGUUAGAAAGUAUAGGUGCAGAAGACAUUGUCGAUGGAAAUCCACGGUUGAUACUAGGAUUAAUAUGGACCAUUAUUCUUAGGUUUCAAAUUCAAGAUAUUGAAAUCAAUGAAAAUGAAGAUGAUGAAAGCAGUGAAAAGAAAUCUGCAAAAGAUGCUUUAUUGUUAUGGUGUCAGAGGAAAACUAGUGGAUAUCCUGGAGUCAAUAUUCAAGAUUUCACUGUUAGUUGGAGAAAUGGUUUAGGAUUUAAUGCUCUCAUACAUUCUCAUAGACCUGAUCUAAUUAACUAUUCUUCUUUAAAUCCAUACGAUCACUUGGGAAAUCUAAACAAUGCAUUUGAUGUUGCUCAGCAAGAGUUGGGAAUUCCCCGACUUCUUGAUGCUGAAGAUUGGCAUGCUCAGUCUCCAGAUUUCUUGCCCAUUCAGCAUUUAUGGAACAAGAUUGGACACCAGAUUCAACCAUCAAUGAUCUUUAGGGAUUUGGAGCAGCAGUUACAACAUCUGUGGAUUGUUGGACAAAUGAUGGAGACUGACAGGCUUAAAAAUAAUUAUGAGCAUUUCUCAAGCAAUCUAUUGGAUUGGAUCAAAUUAAAAAUUCAUGAGCUUGAUAAUCGUAAUUUUCCAAAUUCGCUUGAAGGAAUUCAAAGAGAAUUAUUGAAAUUUAAAGAAUAUAGAACAAUAGAAAAACCACCUAAAUAUAAAGAACGCAGUGAAAUAGAAGCAUUACUAUUCUCAAUUCAAACAAAAAUGAAAGCUCUAGGACAACCACUUUACGUUCCUCCAGAAGGAAAACUUGUUCACGAUAUUGAAAAAGCAUGGGAUGAAUUAGAAAAGGCAGAACAUAGACGUGAAGUAGCUCUUAGAGAAGAACUUCUUCGACACGAAAAACUAGAAAAUUUAGCAUACAGAUUUGAAAGAAAGAGUUUCCUAAGAGAAGGAUACUUAAAAGAGAUGAUUCAGGUGUUGUCAGAUCCUCGAUACGGCAGUAAUCUAACACAGGUUGAAGCAACAAUGAAGAAACAUGAAGCGAUUAGUGCAGACAUUUUAGCUAGAGAAGAACGGUUUAAGAAUUUAGCAAUAAUGGCUGAUGAGUUAGUAAGAGAAAAUUAUCAUAGUAAAGAAAGAAUCAAGAAAAGAGAACAAGAAAUAAUGGAACGAUGGAAUUAUUUAUUGGAGUUACUUAAGAAACAUCGUAUAACGUUGACUAACUUUAGUAAUUUGAUGAGCAUGUUAAGAGAAAUUGAUACUAUUACUGCAGAAAUUAGAUCAACUGAGGGUGGUUUUUAUUCUGAUGAUUAUGGACGUCAUUUGUUAUCUGUUGAAGAUUUAUUACAGAAACAUAGUCUAGUGGAGGCACAAAUUAUAUCUCAGGGAGAUACAAUAAAUAAGUUAAAUAAACAGGCUCAAAAAUUUGUCCAUGAAGGUCAUAAGGAAGCUCCAGUUUUACAAAAAAGACUUGAAAAAUUAAAUGAUGAAUAUAAUAAUCUUUUACAAUUAGCAAAAGCCCGAAAAGAUAAACUAGAGGAAUCCAGAGUCUAUUUCCAAUUUGUUCAAGAUCAUGAGGAAGAAGAGGCAUGGGUGAUAGAAAGGCAACGAAUUUGUAAAGCUGUUGUACCAGGAAGAGAUCUUCAAGGAGCUCUUUCAUUACAACAAAAACAUAAAGCAUUAGAAGCAGAAAUUAAAACAAGACUACCUAGAGCUCAGAAAGUAUCAGAAGCUGGAGAAAAAUUAAUAAAUAAUAAUCAUCCCGAGAAACAAGAUGUAAGAAGAAGAGUUGAUGAUUUAAAAAGUCAAUGGGAAUAUUUACAUGAAUUAUGGGCUGCAAAAAAUAAACAAUUAGAGGAUGCUUCUGAAGCUUAUCAGUAUCAUGCUGACGCCAAUGAAGCAGAAUCCUGGAUACGAGAGAAACGACAAUUAGUUUCCAGCAAAGAUUAUGGAAAAGAUGAACCAAGUGCUCAAGCACUUCUUCAACGUCACAGUCGUUUAGAAAGUGAAAUAAAAGCAUAUGAUUCAGAUAUAAAAAGACUCAAUGAUCAAGCACAAAGAAUGAUAGAAUUAGGAAUUUCAAUAUUAUAUCCAGUGGAUUCAUUUGUUGAAGAACCUGAAGUAGAUGAAUGGAUUGAAGAAGUUGUCAUGGUUCCAACUGAAGAAUUUGUUGAUGAAAUAGUUGAAAAGGAGGUUCUUCGUGAUGUUAUUGAUGAAAGGAAAAUUCCACAAGUUCGUGCACUCUAUCCUUUUUCAGGUCAUGGAAUGGAAAUACAGAGAGGAGAGGUAAUGAUAUUAAUUCACGAAACAAAUGCUGAUUGGUGGAAUGUCAGAAAAGCAAAUGGACAAGAUGGUUUUGUUCCUGCAAAUUAUGUUAAAUUAGUUGAGCCAAAAAUAGUAAGAAAAGUUGUAAAACAACCAGUAAAAGUUCCUGAGAAACAACGAGUUAAGAAGACUGUAUUAAAAAAGAAAGUCAUUAAGAGGAAAAAAGAUAAAUCUCCUGAGAUAAAAAGGACAUUAUCUAGAUCAUCUAGUAAACCCGAAGAAGGAGAAAAUGUAAAAGAACGUCAGAAUGUAAUCAAUGUAGCUUAUGAACAUCUUGUUAAAUUGUCACAGGAGAGACGUUUAUAUUUAGAAGAUGCAAUAUGUCUUUUUGGUUUCUAUAGAGAAUGUGAUGAUUUUGAAGCUUGGAUGAAAGAUAAGGAAAAAAUGUUAACUACAGAAGAUCCUAAUGAUAGUGUAGAAGUCAUGAAGAAAAAGUUUGAGAAUUUCCUUACAGAUCUUUCUGCUAGUUGUAGAAGAAUUGAUGAUAUUGAUUGUAUGGUUAAUGAAUUUGUACAGAAUCAUCAUAGCCAACUUAAUGCUAUCAAAACAAGACAGAAACAAAUCCAUGAUCGGUGGAGUAAAUUAAAUAAAUUAAAGAUAGAUAAAGAAAGAAGUUUAGAAGGUGCAACAAGUGUUGAAUUAUUUAAUCGGACAUGUGACGAUGCCUACGAAUGGAUGAUGGAAAAAUUGAACAAAAUGGAUGUUGAUGAUUUAGGACGUGACAUGAAAACAGUACAAGCAUUACAAAGAAAACAUCAAAAUUUAGAAAGAGAACUUGCCCCAGUUGGAGAAAAAUUUAAUCGAGUAAAUUUAUUGGCUGAUUCAGUAAAAGCAUCAUAUCCAAACGAAACAGCAAAUGUUGCAGCCAGACAAAAGCAAUUGCAAGAAAUGUGGGACAAAGUUAAGGCCAAGGCUGCAGAAAGAAGAGCAAGAUUAGAUGAUUCUAUGGGAUUACAGAUUUUCAAAAACAGUACAAAAAGUUUGGUAUGGAAUUUAAUUUUUUUAAAUAAAAUAAAUUCAAAAUAUCUAAUUAUUCAUAUGCCAAGGCUGCAGAAAGAAGAGCAAGAUUUGAUGAUUCUAUGGGAUUACAGAUUUUCAAAAACAGUACAAAAAACAACUCUUGACGACGUUGAAGCUUUAUUGAAACGACAUGAAAAUUUUAUCAACACACUUUUAGCUCAAGAUGAAAGAUUACGAUUGUUUAGUGAGAUGGCUGACAAACUUAUUGCUGCAAAACAUUAUGAUAGCAAAUACAUUGGUGAAAGACGUCAUCAGGUAUUAUCUAGAAGACAGUCUGUUAAAGAAAAGGCUCAUCAGAGAAAACAAAUUCUCUUGGCUUCUCAUGCGUAUCAGGAAUUCCGAGCAGAUGCAAAUGAGUUGACUGCAUGGAUACAAGAAAAAUUAAAGACUGCUUCAGAUGAAUCAUACAGAGAUCUAACAAAUUUGGAAAGAAAGUUGCAACGCCAUGAAGCUUUUGAAGCCGAAUUGAAAGCAAAUGAGAAAAGAUUAGAUUCGAUUAAUUCUGGUCCUGCUGCUACACAGUGGCAAUUUGAACCUCCACUGCUACAUGGUCUAGGUUAUUAA